CCACAGAAUGUUGCUGGUUGAUUUCCGCAGCGCGUGACUUUGCUUACUGCUGUGGAGCGAAAAUGUUUGUUUCGUUGAAGCUAUCUAUUUUUCUAUUUCUGUUGACGUUAGGCCCGUGUUCGGGGCGGCGGACCAAGUUCGUCAAUAAAGAAGAGGAGAACGAAGAGCCCCUGCUGGUGGCCGGGACGUCACCGUUCGGUUCUUUGUGGCCACUGCCACAGAAAGUCUCUAUUACUGAUGUUUCAUUCAAGUUAACUGGUUCCUCUUUUAACAUCGUUGACGCCACAAAGUCCUCCGCGGGUCCGAGCUGUAACGUCCUGCAGAAUGCUUACAGGAGAUAUUAUGAGUACAUGUUUGGUGGCGGGGCUAAAAAGCAGUGGCUAAACAGGCAGGCGGGCCCCUCUGAGCUGACAGAGCUGCAGGUAUGGAUCACAUCACCUGACUCUGAAUGUGACGGAUACCCCAGCAUCACGGCAGACGAGUCAUAUGAACUGACUGUAGACCAACCAUAUGCAAUCCUGAAAGCACCAACAGUCUGGGGCGCUCUUCAUGGGCUGGAAACAUUCAGCCAAUUGGUUUAUGAAGAUGAAUACGGAGCUAAAAGCAUCAAUUCCACAACCAUCAGCGACUUCCCCAGAUUUUCACACAGAGGCAUCUUACUGGACAGCUCCCGACAUUUCCUGCCCAUCAAAGUAAUCCUGGCCAAUCUGGAAACAAUGGCAAUGAACAAAUUCAACGUAUUUCACUGGCACAUCGUUGAUGACCAGUCCUUCCCGUACCUGAGCCAAACAUUCCCGCAGCUGAGUCAGAAGGGAGCCUAUCAUCCCUACACUCAUGUCUACACUCCUGCUGACAUUAAAAUGGUGAUUGAGUUCGCCCGGUUGAGGGGAAUCCGUGUUAUCCCCGAGUUUGACACUCCAGGGCACACACAGUCCUGGGGCAAAGGCCAACCAGAUCUUCUCACACCCUGCUAUUCUGGACCUCAACCAUCUGGUACCUUCGGACCCGUGAACCCCAUCUUGAACACUACAUAUGACUUCAUGGACCUGUUCUUCAAGGAGGUCAGCUCUGUGUUCCCCGAUGCCUACGUCCACCUGGGAGGAGAUGAGGUGGACUUCACCUGCUGGAAGUCCAACCCAGAUGUAAAGAAAUUUAUGGAGCAGCAAGGUUUUGGGGAUGACUACAGAAAACUGGAAUCUUUUUACAUCCAGAAACUCUUGGAUAUUGUCACCAGUAAAGAGAAGGGCUACAUGAUCUGGCAGGAGGUCUUUGACAAUGGUGUGAAGCUAAAGCCAGACACAUUAAUCCAUGUCUGGAAGGGAAACCAGCAGCAAUACCAGAGCGAGAUGGCAAAUGUUACAGCCUCAGGUUACCAGGCCCUGCUGUCCACCCCCUGGUACCUGAACCGUAUCUCCUACGGGGAGGACUGGAGGGGCAUUUACCGCGCUGACCCACAGGAUUUCCAGGGAACAGAUGAGCAGAAGAAACUUGUGAUUGGUGGAGAGGCCUGUCUGUGGGGAGAAUAUGUUGAUGCCACCAACCUUACACCCAGGCUCUGGCCUCGUGCCAGUGCUGUGGCAGAGCGUCUUUGGAGCGAUAAGAAUGUGACAGACAUCAGUGACGCCUUCAACAGGCUCUCAAGGCACCGCUGCCGCUUGGUGGAGCGUGGGAUCCCUGCUGAGCCGCUGAUUUCCAGCUUCUGCCCCAAUGAGUACAGAGGAAUAUGAAUACAGCAAAGGAGCAGAUCACACGGAUGGAAAAGGGAAGGAAAUCAUUCAAAUUUGCACACAAUUUCCAUCUGCCUCUAAACUGUGUAAAAUCACUUGCUGAACAUGUGUUAUUUGCAUACACUAACAAAUCAACACCUGCUACAUGGAAACCUUUUUGCAUUGAACAUUUUGACAAUGUUUUUUUAAUCUGCUGCAGUAAAAAUAGAAAAUCCAGAAUUUGCUGUAACAAUCUUGUUUUAUACCUGUUUGUAUAAUUGAUUGUGAAUAAAUAGAUAAAAUGAAA